ACACUAAAAGCAGUCGCGAGAGAGAUGAACGUUGAACAAUACAAUUGAGGGAUUUUUAAUUGUUGUACAAAAAGGAAUGAUUUUUUUAUUGCAAACCCUACAAUUUAUUUUAUUAAUUUCAACAACAAAUUGUGCUCUUAACAUUCAUGUAAAUUUAGCAGAAGAAUUUUUAAAAGAGGUUUACGACCAUAUUUAUGUUCAAUGCGAACAACGGGUGCCACGAUCCAACGUUUAUAAGUUUUGUACAUCAUUGGAGGGAAGGCCGUGUGAGCUUAUGUUGAAACAAAAUUCUGCAACAACGAAAAAAAGCUCCUUACUGAAAAAUGAAUUUUUCUUUUUUGAAGAAUUUUUCAGUAACAAUGAACUUGAUGAACGUUUUUCAUUAGUAUUUUUAAACAAUAUUGAAUGGCUCAUAAAUCAUGUUGGUAUUUUUUCAAUUUUAAAGGAUUCUUUUUUUGAUGAUAAAAAUCUUCAUGAAUUAAACUAUAAAAAUGAUAUUUCGGAAGAGGAGCAGACGUCACAAAAUAUUUCUACUCUGUUUAAAAAAUCAUCCAGGUUGUCUAGUGUCUUUCAACAAUUUAAUUUUUUGUUUCGCAACAACUUUUUUUUUAAAAGUAAAAAUGAAAAAAAACUAUUGCAAUAUAUUAGAAAUACGUUAAACAAAGAAAAAGAGAAUGUUGUCACAUCGCCUUCUUUUCGACAAAAAAACUCUUUUAUUGAAAGAGGUAUAAUUGAGGAUUAUGAAAUACAUUCCACGGUAGUCUUUGCAUCCAAUCAUUUUGAUACACCUGUACCAGAGUUCUAUGGUUCAGAUUACAAAACAUUAUCUUUACGUUGGGUUGGAUUAUGGUAUAAUUUACCCUAUACGAAACUUGGAUUGAUGUCUAAUAAGGAUUUAGAGAAAAACAAAAACGACUUAACGCAAUCGUGCAUUUUCGUUAAUCGAAAUGAUAAUGCUAUUCUUUUUUCAAAAUCUGUAGUGCCUAAUAAUAUAACAGUGCUUCUUUUCCAUAAGAAAAGAAAACAAGCUGAAUCAGCUCCACAGGUUGUUAUUUAUGUUCAAGGUAUUUUAUGUGAAACAAAACAGAAAGGCAAUGAGUGGAUCUAUACACCUUUGCCGUUAAAGUGCUUAAAAAACUAUGAAUACCAAAGAGCAUGGUCGGCGAAAUUGCUUAUUAAAGCAGAAGAUCAUUUAAAGCAAAUCAACAUCCUUGAUUAUAUUACUGCAGGAUUUCAAUAUACAAGAAUUGAUGGUAUUUUAAUUUCUUUGGCUGAAAUGACAAAAGUUCAAGUAUCCGAGGGGAACUUAAAAGAAAUCCUAACACAAAGUAAUCAGAUUGAUACCCAUGGUCUUUGUUUACAAGAACUUCAUGUACGUUAUUCCAAAAAAAAAAAAUUCACAUCAGAACAAGAGGGCACUGCAUCGACGAAAUGGAAACGAGACACUAGGAAAGCUUUGGUAUUGGUACAUAAACCUUUAGUUUAUGAAAUUCCUGCUGUAAACUUAGUAAAAAACCAAACACCUCAACAGACAAUAAUAGAAGAUCGAGAAAAAUGGACUCAGUAUUGGUCCGCUUAUAUAAAAAAGCAAAUUUUUAAACGAGCCAUUCAGCUGAGUCUUUUUAAUAAAACAUCACACGAUCAGCUUGUUAACAAAAUUUCUCACCAAUAUGCGCCACUUCCUUUUUCAGAACUAAGUAGUGAUGGAUACGUAUUUCACCAUGAUAUGCGACCCUUUUCAAAAAGUGUUCAGUUUUGGAGGCAUAAUAAUAUACCCAUUGAAGCACCUCUAUGUCGCAUAAAAACUCUCCAUCAACAAAAAUAUAUUUUACCUUUCCAACUUCAUCCUUCCACGUUAGUUACAACUGAAUCAUCAUAAUUCUCAGUGUUUUUUACAAAAGAAAUAAAGUACUUCAUCUUUACAACACAACGUAUGUUCAAAAAAUAAUCCACCACUCCAAAUUUAGAUUAUAAAAACAUUCAUACACAUGAUUUACAAAAAACUUUUCUUACCUUCCAACUUUAAAAAAACGCGUGUUUUUACGACAACUAAAGUUAUCUGUUAUUCUAUUGAAAAAUAGAUUCAUGCUGUGAACGGAAACAUGUGGCCAAUGAUUUCCUAUUAUAUCUCCAACGAGUUUGUCACAUUGGUGUUCUAUUUGUAAUAAAAAUAAAGGAGCAGCCAUUAAAGAAGUUAACGUCUGACGUGUUUUCAUUUUUCGAAUGACCCAUUCUCUCUUCUACUUUUUCUUUAUAAAAAAUUGUCCCGUUGGGACGGCAGAAACAUGCAGUGAUAAAGUAAAUUUUAUUUGCGAAGAUAGUCCUGUCUUUUCGCGUAUUAUUGCAACUCUUGGAAGACUCUUUUUCUAAAAAAAUGGGUGCAAUCAAGGGACUUGCAUUAAAAAAACGCUUAGGAAAAAAGAUGAAACAAAAUCGUCAAUUACCUCAUUGGGUUCGAAUGAAGACAGAGAAUAAGCUACGAUAUAAUGUUAAGCGACGUCAUUGGCGUCGGAAGAAAUUAGGAUUUUAAUUAACUCAAGCAACAGCAAAUGCUUUAUUAAAAUGUAAUUUUUUUUUUUUUCAUGUUUUAACAUUUUUAUUUGAACAAAACCUGUAAAAUGGUGUCAAAUGCACUAGCAAAACAUUUUACCUAUGGAAACUCGUUUUUGUUUUAUUAAAAAAGCUGACAAUUACUAAAAAAAAACUUGAAACAAGAAAGUUAUAGAAACUUUAAUUUUAUUAAAAUUGUGUGGUUAACGUGUGACAGUCUAUUUUUUUAAUAUAUUUCAUUGACAGAUUUUCUUUCAGUUAAAGUGUUAUAGCAUAGGGUGUGGUAGAAUAAAAUAUUUUGGUUUCUUUGUUAUUUUCAAUGGGAAAUUCAAUUUUAUUUCCUACUGCUGCACAAAAACAUAGCAAUGCUAACGUCCAUACCCAAUCUCAUAUCGUCUGGAUUCCCUCCGGUUCUUUUUAUUCUGAAGCUUCUCCUGCAUGUUUUAAAUACCAUAAAGGUCGACUUCCUUACCACGGUGUAGACGAUGAUUUAAAAUUCCCAGCCUUAUGGUUUAAUGGGCGGCGCCGAUGUGUUUUACUCUAUUUUCAUGGGAAUAGUACAAAUUUAGUGGACAUUUUUGAAGAAAUGGAAAUGUUAUCCUUGUUUUUGGAUUGCUGUAUUUUAGCUAUCGAAUAUCCUGGUUAUGGUUUAUGUGCGGAUUUACGCGUUAAUCCGUCGACUAUUGACUACUGGGGUUUGGCUGCUUUUUUUUGGAUUUUAAAUCUUGGUGCGAAUUCUGAAGAUAUUAUUCUUUUUGGUCGUUCUAUAGGAACAGGUCCCGCUACUAAGCUUGCUAGUACUUUAGUUCAAGUCGGUUUACAGCCAGGUGGUCUUGUUCUUCAUUCACCCUUUUUAUCUAUACACAAAAUAGUAUGCGAUUAUAGUAGUAUCGGUACAUGGUUUAUUAAAGAUUAUUGGAAUACUGAAGAGUUCCUUAAAGGUAUAUCACCUCACACACCUUUAGUUAUUAUUCAUGGCGAAAACGAUGAAAUCAUACCAGUUUAUCACGGUCAUAAAUUAUUUAACGAUUAUAAAGUUCCAGACUCUAUGAAGGCUGGUUAUUUUCCCAAAAAUUCAAAACAUAAUGAAUAUUAUGUAAUUGAAGAUUUAGCUAUUCCCAUUCAAAAUUUCUUUAAACACAGAAAUUUAUUUCAAUAUUUACCUUUAACAAAAAUGUUAAAUCCAACGAAUCAAACGGAAACAUCCGUUUUAUACAAUUUCAAAUUUAUUUUAUCCAUAGAUGAAAAUCAAAAUAAAACAACAUCCACAGAUACUUCAGAAUCCUCUAACAAUGCAUCCUUAUUAAACAAAAUUCGAUUUUUUCAUGUAAAAGUAACAAAUAAAAAGAAGACAUAUCCAUCCUUACAACAUGAUGCAAGUGAAACUCUUCUUGAGCCCGAAUCACCCAAUGUUUCAAAUAAUAUGCUAGCUGUGAUAACUCAGUUUGAUGACAUUCCCAUAAGCGAAUACGUUACAACAUAG